AUUACUUUGCCACAAAUGCACUUAGGCAUAGAAAGUGUGUUGAAACAUGUUAGCAUGCUUUUAAUAAUUAAAAGGUUCUGUGGGACUGAAUGGAGCAAAAUGAGCUGUCUUUAGACGAGCUUAUCACAAUAGGCUAUCUCCACUUUACGUCCCUGCCCCACACACACACACACACACACACACACACACACACACACAAUCUGCAAACAUCAGUAGCUCAAGCAGAAUUCUAUCCCAUCCCAAUCUAUCCAUCAACAAAGAAAGGAAAAGACAUGGGCGUAUUCUUCAGCCACACACACACACACACACACACACACACACGCUCCUCUUUGUCCCCUCCUAAUGCUCCUUGCUCUCACUUGACAAAUCCUGGUCUUUCCCACACAUGCUCAUACAGUACAUACAGUUGGACACGUACAUACUUGCAGAAUGCGACACAUGCUCUCAGGAACACUGUCACUCUUGCUGGACUUAGUGUUAAUUUCAGGUCAGCUCGCAGAAGGCACCCUGGUUAUAUCUGAAGAUGUGGUUCGUAAUGUUUCACACGUUUCUGGAGUAAAUGGAACCAUCUUGACAGAAACCAUGCAUGGCGAUGUCGUUCAUGAAGAUCAAGAGGAUUUCCAGGAUCAGGAGAAAAAGCAUCACUAUAAUAACUGUAAUGAAACACUGCUCAUGUAUUGCGUAGAACUAGAAUGCUUGGACUUUUUUCACAAGUAUAUGGAAUACCUGGGGCAACAGAGCUGGUGUAAUUGGGAGAUGGUGAUCAGCUAUUACAAUUACCUGUCCGACUGCUCGGAGAUAUGUGCCGCGAGAGCACAUUGUUACUACCCAAACGCUGUCGCGCAGGAGCUGUUUGUAGAUGUUCAUAAGCAAUACUUCAACUUGUGUGGCACUAAAGAGGACGUUCUCCCAGAUGCCCCUGCAAGGGUUGUCCUCGUUCUCACCCUGCUGCCUGUCAGCGUCAUUCCCAUACUGGUCUAUAUGGUCAUCUGGAAAAGCAGCGUUAUUGACUGAGAAACACAAACACAUACAAUUUCUUCACAUGAAAGACACCAAAAUAUGAAAUUGUAAAGCAAUACACUGGAAUACAAUGUAAAGCAAAAUCAAUGUAUAUAGGAUGUAUGUUAUUACUUCAAAUACAAAAAAGUCCACUACCAAGAACUUGGCUCAUGAUUUUGCACUGAAGCAUUAAAAACUACUGAUCAAUUGGGUUAGCGAUACUCAACUGCCUCCACUGUCUGUCUCAGAGAUGUCUCAGCUGAUGAUGAUGAAGUACCUGAAAAGAGUACGUGUACAUAAGUACAUGCAAUUCCUUGCUUUACAGCCCAGGUAAUAUUAGAGCCGUGGCUACAAUUAUCGACACCUUAACGAUCUUCUGGCCGAUGCAAAAGUAGAAAAGACUUUCAAUACAUAAAUUGUGCCUGAAUAAUUACUCAAACUUCCACUGGAAAAAAAUGAGUUGAUUCUUGAUUACUUCGCGUAUCGGAUCACGUGACACCGUUCCACAAUUAUCAACACCUCUGUCCACAGUUAUUGACACCAUUCCACAAUUAUCGACAUCCAGGCGAUUAUUUAUAAAAAACAAUUGGAAUGUGGUAUUAAGUUAACAAAACAAAGUUUUUAUUUAAAUUUUGUUUUACAUAGACUUAUAUUUAGUACAAAAUAUCUUUUAUAUCAAUACAUCAAUGUCGGUGUUUACGUAAAUGAGGAAGUAAUUCGAAUGUUUGUAAACAAAUGAACUGAUAAUGUUUAACCUGCGUCAGAAAAAACUUUUUGUUCCACUUUCUACCCACUAAGUAUUUUCGUAGAUCACAUUUUGUUAAUCACUCAUUGUUGUUUGUAUUAAUUUCUAGUUUUGUCGUUUACCAAUAAAUGUCAACAGGCAGUUGACACUGUAACCACAUAAAAAUCCAGGUCAAAGGUCGCAUGUUAUUCCUCGAGCCAAAAUAUAAAAUGUCUACUGAUUUUGUAACAUGUGGUAGAUAUUUACAACAAACUGCAAAAAAUAUUUUCUGAAUGGAAUAGAAAAAUCUGAAUAUUUCAAGCAUGUAAUUUUUUAUAUGCUCGAGAAUUUAAUUCUGGUCUAAUUCUAUUUAUUGCGAUCAGAUUCCAAAUACUCUAUAAACAUUCCAUUCUGUUAUGAAUCAGAAAAAAAUUAUGAUAAAUCACAGCACUUUUAUUAUUAUUUUUUUAAAGUACUUCAUCCACUUCAACAAUGUUACACAAAGAUCAAUCCAUAACAGUUCUAAAUGUCCCUUAAUUCCACAGGGUGUCGAUAAUGGUGGACACCGGUGAAAGGGAUCAUGAUUAUCGACACCUCACGUGACUUCUCAAACGCGCGUUUCGAUACAAAAUGGCGACUGUCAAAUGAAAGAGGAAGAAAUAAAGUCGGUUUCGACGAGGAGAUCAUGAAAUAUCGGUGAAUUUGAUCAGUAAAAACAUGUCCAUGAUCUUUCCACCAUGCUUACCUGCGAUGAUAACGUCCGAGUUUUCCUCAAAUUGCUGAUUGGUGCGAAAAAAAAUUCUAUCUCAGGUAACGAGCUGUGUCAUCAGACGACAAGAUCAAAGGGCGAGGAGGGUCUUCCGGUUGAUUAAUUAACCAAUAAUAACUGUUGUAGGUGAAACUCACCUUUGUAAAAACAAAUUAGUGGUAAAUCUGAAAAGGUGUUGAUCAUUAUGGACUGUCGAUAAUUGUAGCUGCUGGUCUAGUUUAAAAAAAUUAAAAAAAAAAAAUUUUUAAACGAUAAUGAGAAGCUAGUCACUAUAAGACAAGAAUUCAUUAGCAGCAGCCAUGAACCAACUAAGGCAAAAAAAAAAAACUGUAUUACUGUAAUAUUAACAGUGUAAAAUAGGUUCUUGGUAGUUGGUUAAGUUCUUGUUUUGACUGAUUGUCCUGUGUUGUGUUAUUGGUAUAAACUGUAAUUGUUAUUAAGCUACACUUCUUUAGUUAUGAUUGUAUAGUCAAGUAUUAAAUGUGUUUUAAUGCAUUGUUUGUAUUCAAAUUUGUUGAAAGCAUUAAAUAUC